ACUACAACACCCAUGCUGCACUUCACCUAAAAGACGCUCUUAACGGUUUGGUUAAAGCUACGCUGGUAAUGUUUACUUAUUUGCUACAACGGCGUGAGUGUAUGCUUUCUGUGCUCCCCGGACAGAUGUGCUAGGUAACGCCGUUUGACUUUUAUUUUUUUUCCUACGCUUGGUGCAAAACACACGGAGUUGUUCAGGUCGACAGCGCACUGGUGAUAUACACACAGCAAAAAGGGGGAAGAAAAGAAGAAGCUCCUUUUUAGAAGAAGCAGCUGAGAGAGACAGAGAGAGAGAGAGAGAGAGAGAGAGAGAAGAGGCUUCCAGCGUUCAUGAUGGCGAUGUUCCGCAAUUUUGUUUCGGCUGCACAGCUCAGACAGCCUCAUCCCCAGCCCCAGCUGCAACACGGAGAGAGUCUGGAGAGCCAGUUUUCCUGCCCCAUCUGCCUGGAGGUUUAUCAUAAACCCGUCAGCAUCGCCAGCUGCGCUCAUACGUUCUGUGGAGACUGUCUUCAGCCGUGUCUCCAGGUGACGUCUCCUCUCUGUCCCCUGUGCCGCAUGCCCUUCGACCCCAAGAAAGUGGACAAAUCAUCCAGUGUGGAGAAGCAGCUCUCCUCUUAUAAAGCGCCGUGCCGAGGGUGCAGCAAAAAAAUCACGCUGGUCAAAAUGAGGUCACACAUCUCAUCUUGCACAAAGGUGCAGGAACAGAUGGCCAACUGCCCAAAGUUCAUGCCUGUGGUUCCCACAUCACAGCCCAUACCCAGCAAUAUUCCAAACCGAUCGACAUUUGUGUGCCCGUAUUGUGGAGCGCGAAAUCUGGACCAACAAGAGUUGGUGAAGCACUGUAUGGAAAACCACCGCAAUGACCCCAACAAAGUGGUGUGUCCCGUGUGUUCAGCCAUGCCCUGGGGUGACCCCAGCUACAAGAGCUCCAACUUCUUGCAGCACCUCCUGCACCGGCACAAGUUUUCCUACGACACAUUUGUGGACUACAGCAUUGACGAGGAGGCCGCACUGCAGGCAGCACUGGCCCUCUCUCUCUCUGAGAACUGAGAGUCCCGUCCCAGUAGCCUCCAAUAAUCACCACCUCCAACCACCACAACCAAUCACCAUCACUUACCCCAACCUCUUUAACCAAUCAGUUGUCUCUCUGCCUCCUUCAUGCUGCAGACAAGAACGUAAAGGAGCAUCAUUUUCAUUUCUUUUUCAUUUUUUUUUCCCUCUCUUUCUCACGCCACAUUUCACCAGGUAGCUGCACGGCUGGUUCUGUACCUGGUUUUACAGUCACAUGAUCACCACAGUUUUCUACCCACAAUUCCCCUCUCCCUUCACUGAUGGAGACGGAGCACACAAUCAUUCAUUGCUGCUGCAAUCAAUAACAACAGCAUUCACAUGGUGUAUCUCGCGUCUUUGGCAAAUAAUACAGCAAGCUUCGAUUGCCGUCCGAGGGGGAAAGAACGAAACUGCAUUUCACCAUCCGAGUUUUCCUUCAGUUCUGUUUAUCUCUCUCUUUCUCUCUUCUUCAAACAUGGACAGAUGGCAGUGUAAGCAGGGAAAGCCAUCAUACAUCCCACAGUAGACUGGAUGAGAGCAUUAUUCCAGGCCAGCACCGAAGUCUUCGCGCCAACUACCCCAUUAUUGCCAUGGUGACCGUGUAAAUGAUGGACACCUCAGUAACAGAGUCUCCUGUUGGCUAAAUAUGAGUGAGUGAGUGAGAGAGAGAGAGAGAGAGAGAGCUCCAUUACUUUACUGUAAGCAGAAGGAAGCUGAGAUGAAUGAUGAUGGUACCUACCUUGUGGGAAUGACUCAGCUUUAGGCAAUACUCAUACAGCAGAGAGAGAUGAUCCAGUGUUCACACCAUCACCACUAUCACGACUUGACCAUGGCUAAACAGUUCCCCUUUCUUUCUUUCUUUCUUUUUCUUUAAUUUAGCUUGUCACAAACCCCCGCAGUUUUCUACAUGACUGAAUUCUAGUUCUAAUGUUCUUUUCUAGUUCAUCGACAGGAUGCUAGUACUGCUUUUAUCUUCACUCUGCUCUUUACUGGUUUACCUUGCUACAAUAAUAUUUUUUACAAAGCAUCAGAUUAGAAGAAUAUCUAUUUUUGAAAAAAAAAUGUUUCCUUUAAAAUGGUGCACUAAUACUGAGAAAGUGAAACGUGUGGACAUGCGCUGAUUUAUUCAAACUCCUUUUUUUUUUUUAUAUAUAUAUAUAUCUCGGAGGUGGGGAAUUGACCACAAGGCCACGGAGAGGAUGUAGAUGCAAAGCUUGACCACUAGGUGGCACCAAGUGUUAGCUCCAUGGGAAGGCUGGCAUGAACCAUAGUCCUUCUGAGCCCAAUUUCAUGUCAUACUUGCAUGAUUUGUGUAGUAGAUUUCAUGCCCAGGGAUUCUGACCAGUUAUUAUGUGGGUCUGGAUAUCAAACUGAGAGAAUUUAUUGGAUGACUAUGUUGCUCUGAUAGUGAUGGAUAUUAUGUUGAAUUAGGCAGUGAGGUAUUGUGUAGGGCAGUAUUGCAGAACGUAAUCCAAGCACAGAGCAGUUGAGGGUUAAAAGACUUGAUCCAGAAGCUCAGCUGUGGCUCUGUGGCAGCUCUGGGCUUUGAACAUUUUCUGGUAAGCUACCAUUUUCCCAUAUUGGGUCUCUGGCGAAAGACAUAUUAAGAACUGCCUGAACCAAAAUUUGGUUAAAAAAAUAGUUGAACUGAAGUGAACACCAUAUGUUUCUCAGAUUGACUGUAAGGGCACUGUGGAAAAAGUCGCUGUGUUUCAUCAGAUCCUUUUGUCUUAUAUAUGUAAUAUAUUUCAUUUAGCUUUGAUUAUUCAACCAGUUUAUCCGGAGCGUUUAUCACAAUCAUUUUAUAUUGUUUGUAUCUUUUAAUUGAUUGUGAAGUUAGGAAAUCAGUUUGUCCUGAACAUUUUGGCAGCCUGGCUGCAUGCAGAGAGAGAGAGAGAGAGAUGAUUCACUGAGAACGUGACGGGUUUAGAGAAGACGCAGAAUGUUGGCAGUGAUCGGUGGGGGACGAGAUUCAGUCUUGUAUUUGAUUUCUUGCAAAUAUUUUCCAAUCAUUGAGUGCAUAAUCAUUUUCUUUUUGUAAAGUUUCUUCUUUAAGAAAAAACAAACAAACAAACGCUUGACUAGAUGUCAUUUCUCCUCAGUGUCUUCUUGUACUCCAUCUUGUGUGUCUUUAACUCCUAACAGUGUGUGUAAUAUGAAGUUUGAAUAUGAAAAACACACAGGAAAGAAAUGAAGCCUGUCUUUGUGUGCUGGUGUCUCAGUACAAGCGUAACUGCUUAUAAAGAGGCGGUUUAAUGGAAAGGAUUGGAAUUUGUACAUAUGAAUAGGAAGAUCGUGAGUCUUUACCUCGUUAUUGGGUUUAAACCCUGAUUCAUGUGAAAUCAUCGUUACAGAUCGAGCAAGUUAAAAUGAUGCACUUUGGUUCUAAUCACUCGGGAUUUUCGUCCUACUGUUAUAAUUUGCCUAUGUACUGUAAAGUAGGCAUGUGCCGAUCAAUAUAGUUGCGGGGGCACUUUAAAUAAAUCAUCUCUGCUCAUGUGUUGUGUAUGAAAGGAGGCUCCUGAAGCAGGAAGCAGUUUAAAGCAGCAUUUGCACUCUUGAGGAAACGUUUCCUUUGUGGUUACGAUGCAAAAGUGUGUAGACAUAGAGUGACAGGAGAGGGUUAUUAGACGCAGUGACAAUUAUUCUGGAAUCUGUUGCAUUUGCAGAAUAUUUCAUAUGUGCAGAAUAAAUGGGCGUCAGUGAAUGAUGUCACUAUAUCUGGAAACUUUAGUCAAAAUAUCUACAAUGCUGCAGGAAAUCGUCUUGAUUAAUGCUGCAUGACUUAAUAUACCAUGGAUAUAAUAACUUAACACACUCCUGUUAAAACUGCAGGUUUUUGUGAUAUAAAAAAGUAAAACAAAAAUCCUUUCACACACGCAGCAUGAUAUAGACAUGAUUUAGAGGAAGAAAAGCAAAAGAAAAACAAAUGCAUAAGUAUACACUCCCUUUUAAAACAAGGCAUCCGACUGUGUUUAGGAUUAACAAAUAUUGUUAAUUAAGCUGAUGUUUAAAAUUCAAUACCUUUCGGCUAUUGAUUAAUAAACUGAUUUUGAUUAAAAUGGCUGAAGCCAUUGUCCACAAAGAGCUUCAAAACAACAUGUACGGGAUCUAGUUAUAGAAAUGUAUUGAUCAGGACCAGGUACUUUAACAAAUUAUUAGUUAUGAGGUGUGUGUACUUCUGUAACCAGGUUGUUGUUGUUGUUGUUGUUUUCUUCAUCAUAAAGCCCUACCAUUUUUAAACAGGUGUGGAUGUCCACUGUACCGGUCACAUUUGGGAUAGUAAACUUUAUUUUAAAGAUUGAAGCUUCCACACUGUCACCCAGGUGGUGUCACUAAUGAUGAGAACAGGUAAAGGUCAUAUUUAGUCAUGUUUAUAAUAUUGUAAGGGGGUUAAGCAGUCAUUGGACUGAAAAUGUAAUAUCGGCACAUGCCUACAGCCAAAUGUACUUUGUUACAGUCAUGAAAGAUUGCAUUUUGAAGAAUGGUAUUUUAUCGUGAUAUUUCAAGAUGACUGAAUAACGGCAAAUAAUAAUAAUAAUAAUAAUAAUAAUGAUAAUAAUACCAACAAAAACAGCUGUAUUUGAUGUAUUUGUGUUCAGUAAUGUGUUUAUUUUGCUUUAUAAGGGUGUUAAUAAGGAUUGUAAGGGUUGUUCAAGCUGCAGUUGGUGUGACUGUUGUAUGAGAAACAUGAUCUCAUAAUUAAACACAGAGAGAGAGGAAAGUAUUUGGACUGAAAACGGUAGAAAACCUUGGACGUUUCUUUCGCUGUUCAAACUCAGCAAUGACCUGCGACUGCGUGACCCAUUUCCCCGAAUUUUUUUACUUAUUUCCUAUCAAUGCUAUUUUCUAAGUGUUUGUAAUAUACCAUGUGCAAAUAAUCUUCAUGUUCACUGCUGUAGCAUAACACGUAGGUUUUUAAACUUUUUAUAUAUGGCACUUUGCUUUUACUCCCCCCCCCCCACACACUCUCGGCUCCCUUUGAGGACGAUACAAAGCGGAUCAUUUCCAUACAUGUGUGUGUGUCUCCCGCAUUGUGGGCCUGGAGUCCAUGCAGGCCUGAGCAUGAGCUGGAGGAAUGAAUCACUCAGCAUCUCCUAUUGGGGUUCGACGUGGACGAACAAGGACUAUAUUGGAUGUUAGUGGAUAUAUGAGGACACAUGGCUUCUUGCUCAGCAGAGACUCAUUGUUUUUCUGUAGCUGUUAGUAGGAGCUUGCUUGCGGAGACAAACGGAAGGACACCUCACAACCUGGUGGAUCUAUCACCGAUCCAGAGACUGCAAGGUGUGCCUGUGCGCACACGCACGUGUGUGUGUGUGUGUGUGUGUAUACGGGUGCGCACGUGAGCUAUCUCAAUGGAAAUAUGCAUUCAUCACAUAAUAACGAUAAUAGUAAUAAUGAUGAUUGAUAUGAUGCUAACACCAGUGUGGAGUUUUGAAGCUGUAACGCUGUUUGAGGUUUAAUAGGUUACUUAUAUGAUGUAUUUGUAGCAGUUUUUUUCCCCCCCUCAAUAAAACCACUGACCCAUCCUA